AUGUCAAAAUUUCUAAGGGGUAUAUCUAGUAUUAGCAGCGCUUCUUUGAAAGCUAGGGCGUCCAACUUUGGAGUUUUUCAUGGAGUUUGUUCUGCUAGGAACUUACACCAAUCCAGAUUAUGUUUGAAUGUAAGUAAAAUACCAGAGACAUACGAGGAAGAAAAAGAAAUUAUUGAUGAUAUCAACAGUAAAUUACCAGAGAAGGAUAUUUUGAGCUCUACCAGAUUAAGAAAUAUCGGGGUCUCAGCUCACAUCGAUUCAGGUAAGACGACUUUCACCGAACGUGUUUUAUUUUAUACCGGGAGAAUUAAGGCUAUUCACGAAGUGAGAGGCCGUGAUGCUGUAGGUGCUACAAUGGAUCAUAUGGAUUUGGAGAGAGAAAAAGGUAUUACUAUUCAAUCUGCUGCAACCUUCUGUUCGUGGGAUAAAGAUAAUAAGGACUAUCAUUUUAAUUUGAUUGAUACUCCAGGUCACAUCGAUUUUACUAUUGAAGUCGAAAGAGCUUUGAGAGUUUUGGAUGGGGCUGUUUUAGUUGUAUGUGCUGUUGCUGGUGUCCAAUCACAAACGGUCACAGUUGAUCGUCAAAUGCGUCGUUAUAAUAUUCCUAGAGUUACUUUCAUUAAUAAGAUGGAUCGUAUGGGUUCCGAUCCAUUCAGAGCUAUCGAACAAGUUAACUUGAAAUUAAAAACCCCUGCUGCUGCAAUUCAAGUUCCAAUUGGAGCUGAAUCUGAAUUGAAGGGUGUUGUUAAUAUUAUUGAUCGUGUUGCCUUAUACAAUGAAGGUAGUCAAGGUGAAGAAAUUAGAGCUGACACAAACAUCCCAGAAGAUUUAAAAGACUUAGUUGAGGAAAAGAGAGCUCUUUUGAUUGAAACUUUAGCUGAUGUCGAUGAAGAAAUAGCUGACGUUUAUUUAGAAGGUGAGGAACCAUCUGUCGAACAGAUUAAGGCUGCCAUUAGAAGAGCCACUAUUGCCAGAAGAUUUACUCCAGUAUUAAUGGGUUCAGCCUUGGCCAAUAAGGGUGUUCAAAAUGUUUUAGAUGCUGUUGUCGAUUACUUACCUCAACCAAACGAAAUUUUAAACACUGGUUUGGAUGUCAGUACUGAGGAAGAAAAGAGAGUGAAUUUGAUUCCUUCGAGUGCUGCUCCAUUCGUUGGUUUAGCUUUUAAAUUAGAAGAAGGCAAAUACGGUCAAUUAACUUAUAUUAGAGUUUACCAAGGUAAGUUAAAGAAAGGUAGUUACAUGAAUCAUCUUAAAUCUGGUAAGAAAGUUAAGGUAUCUCGUUUAGUGAGAAUGCACUCGAAUGAUAUGGAAGAUGUUGACGAAGUUGGUGCCGGUGAGAUCUGUGCCACCUUUGGAAUUGAUUGUGCCUCUGGUGAUACAUUUAUUGGACAGAAUUCUGAACAACAAAUUGCUAUGAGUUCUAUGUUCGUUCCAGAAGCAGUUAUUUCAUUAUCUAUUGCACCAAAAGCCAAAGACAAUGGUAGUUUCUCCAAAGCUAUGAAUAGAUUUCAAAAGGAAGAUCCUACAUUUCGUGUUAAGUAUGAUGCUGAAUCUAAGGAAACCAUCAUUUCAGGUAUGGGUGAAUUACAUUUAGAGAUUUAUGUUGAAAGAAUGAAGCGUGAAUAUGGUAUCGAUUGUAUUACUGGUAAGCCACAAGUUGCUUAUCGUGAAGCCAUUACUGCUCCAACGUCUUUUGAUUACACCCAUAAGAAACAAAGUGGUGGUUCUGGUCAAUACGCUAGAGUUGUCGGUGAAAUGAAACCAUUGGACGGCGAGAAUAAGUUCUCUCAACAUAUUGUCGGUGGUAAGAUUCCAGAGAAGUUCUUGUUUGCAUGUUCUAAGGGAUUUGACGACUCUUUAGAAAAGGGACCAUUAAUUGGCCAUCGUGUUUUAGGUGCUCACAUGCAUAUUAAUGAUGGUCAGACUCACGUUGUUGAUUCUUCAGAAUUGUCGUUUAGAACUGCCACUCAUGGUGCCUUUAAGCAAGCAUUCUUGAACGCACAACCAGUUAUUUUAGAACCAAUUAUGUCUGUUGAAAUUAGUGCUCCAAACGAAUUCCAAGGUACUGUUGUUGGUUUGGUCAACAAGAUCGGAGGUAUGAUUAUGGAAACUGUCAACGGUCAAGACGAAUUCACUGUUACAGCCGAGUGUUCGUUAAACUCGAUGUUUGGUUUUUCGACCUCGUUAAGAGCUUGUACCCAGGGUAAGGGAGAAUUCACCUUGGAAUUCAACAAGUAUGCCCAAUGUGCUCCUCACUUGCAAAAGCAAUUGAUUGCAGAACACGAAAAGAAAUUGCAAACUAAGAAAUAA